UCAGCAUUGCGCCUGAGCAAUCGCAGCAUCCACAGCACACAAAUCCGCAGCCAUGGCUUCCCAGCUCUCCGCCAUGACCUCCGUGCCGCAGUUCCACGGCCUCAGGAGCUACUCCUCGCCCAGGUCCAUGGCGACGCUGCCGUCCUUGAGGAAGAGGUCCCAGGGCAUCCGCUGCGACUACAUCGGCUCCUCCACCAAUAUCAUCAUGGUGACCACGACGACCCUGAUGCUGUUCGCCGGGCGGUUCGGGCUGGCGCCGUCGGCGAACAGGAAGGCGACGGCGGGGCUCAAGCUGGAGGCGCGCGAGUCCGGGCUGCAGACGGGCGACCCGGCCGGCUUCACUCUCGCCGACACGCUCGCAUGCGGCUCCUUCGGCCACAUCUUGGGCGUCGGCAUCGUGCUCGGCCUCAAGAACACCGGCGUCCUCGACCAGAUCAUCGGCUAGAACCUUCCUUUUCCGUCGAUAGCUGUUCUGCAUCCGCAUCGCGCGCUCCAUGUAGUGGAUCAAUUAAUGCUCCCUUUGUGAUUUGAUGAUGUGGUGUAGUACAAUGUAUGUAUGUGUAUGCAUCUUUGUUUCAGCGGGACGUACCGCCGCGCCGGUGUGGCAACUGCUUCAUCCCAUGCGUUUUUCAUCAUCUAUAGUAUCUUUCACAUGGUGAA